UCCUAUUGGUGUGUCCGGACUCCGGUGGACAGCAGCUCGGUGCGUAAAGAGAGCAGAUCAGUUUGCAGUUUUUGGACUGUCUGCAGACAUCCUCCACCGGCUCUGACACAACUGGAUACUGGUCUCCCACUUUUUCUUUUUCAUGUUUUUUUCAUGCAUCCUCUGCAGUCAUGGCGGACAUCGCCUAUGAGGAGGACAACAACAACAACAACAACAGCCCUUUUUAAGAGUUUGCAACGCCGUCGACCUUUCCCGUGCAGGGACUUUGUCUCCGCGGACCCCCUAAAUGCCUUUCAUUGAGAAAAGGCUUCGGACGUUCCUUGUUGUGAAUGUGUACAAGAGACAAAUGAUUUGAUUAAGAUGGGUAAUAAGCAAACAAUAUUUACCGACGAGCAACUUGAUGCCUACCAGGACUGUACGUUUUUCACCCGCAAAGAGAUUCUGCGGUUGCAUGGCAGAUACCAUGAGCUGGCUCCACAUCUUGUACCAAUGGACUACACCAAUGAUCCUGAUUGUAAACUGCCUUUAGCCUUAAUAGUCAACAUGCCAGAGUUAAAGGAAAACCCAUUCCGCAACAGGAUCGUAGAGUCUUUCUCAGAGGACGGGAUGGGGAAUCUCAGUUUCAAUGAAUUUGUGGACAUGUUCUCAGUCCUCAGUGAAAUGGCUCCUAGAGAGCUCAAGGCCAUAUAUGCCUUCAAAAUAUACGAUUUCAAUGUGGAUAAUUACCUGUGCAAAGAAGACCUGGAAAAGACUCUAAAUAGGCUGACGAAGGAGGAGUUGACUCCAGAAGAGGUGGAGCUGGUGUGCCAGAAAGCCAUCGAGGAGGCAGAUUUAGACGGAGACAACAAACUCUCCUUUGCUGACUUUGAAAAUAUGAUAACUAGGGCUCCUGACUUUUUAAGUACCUUCCAUAUAAGGAUCUGAGAGGGCUCUCCGUGGAAAGUCUCCCAGGUCGGCAGAAUGGUGAAUCUCACGACUCUACCUGCACCCUGUCCUGGCCACAGCACAGUGCCUGUCUCCCACUCCCAUCGUCAAAAAAAACAUACAUCAGUCCUUUCCGGCCUCAGUAGAGUCUGCUUAGUUAGAAAGCAAAACACUGGAUAAAGCUGAAUUCCCAGGACCCUGAAUUUCUUCACUGAUGAAGAUGUAUUUUCCUUUUACCACCUAUAAAAGGGCUUAACCUGAAUUGGCCUCUCUUUGGAAAAUUCUAUUCUUUCCACAUUUGAAGGUUGAAAAAUUGUCAAUGAAACAAGUGCAAAAUGAGCCAGCCAUGAUUGCUGCUUAUUGAGCACAUUCAAGAAUAAAUAGUAUGCGUAUCUACCUAUAUAGCACAUGAGAUAUCCCCAGUGAAGUCUUCCUGUAAUGGCACACUAGAAAUGUAAUAUUAAAAAGGACAAAGCUUGAAGUGAAUGAGAGCACAGCAUGUGCAUUAAAGGGCAUACAGAUAUUUUAUAUGAGCUAUGCAAUAUUUGUACAUGCAGUGUAUUGCUUUUUGUCAUUUUAAGUUGUGUUUUGUUUGUUUGUCGAACUGGAACAUGAUGACAAUCAUAUCUUACUGUUGUCCAGUUAAAUGAAGGGCUCUGUCAUCUGAACUUAUUUUGGUAGCUUUCAUCUUCUGCCUUAGCCAUUAUCAUGAGAUAUUACAUAAAGCCAUCUUUUGGAUAUACAUGUUACAGUAUUUUAUGUGAC